AUGGCGGCGGCGGCGGCGGGCGGCGGCGGCGGCGGUUGCCCGGGGCCUGGCUCGGCGCGGGGCCGCUUCCCGGGCCGCCCGCGGGGCGGCCGGGGCCGGGGGCCGGGCUCCGACCCGGACCCGGACCCGGCGGGCGGAGGCGGAGAGGCCGACGACGAUGAGGACGAGGACGACGAUGACGACGAGGAGGAAGAGUUUCAGGGGUUCCACUCAGAAGAGGAUGAGCCCCCCAGUUCCUUGCGCUCAGCACUCCGGUCCCAGCGAGGCCGGAGCCCAAAAGGCCGUGGAGGCCACAAGCGCAGGAGCACACCCCCGCCCGGCCAGCUGGGAGAGGUGGCCUCUGCCCCUCCACCGCCCCCGCCCCCACCCCCUCCUGCCAAGCCCCCGGGGCGGCGGCGGGGAGAGGCCGGGAAGGAACGGAUGGUGCAGGCCCUGGCAGAACUGCUGCGCCGAGGGCAGGACCCCCCGGCCCCCCGCGGCCGAGCCCCCCAACAGCCCCCACCUGCUCGCCGGCCCCGCGGCCGGCCCCCGGGCUCCUUCAAGAAGAAGCCGCCGGGAGUCCCGCCUCCGGCAGCCACCCCGGCGACGGAAACCCCGACACCCACGGCCCCCCGGAAGCGCAGGGCCAGAGGCUGGAAACGCCAGAGGAGGGUGCCCAGCCCCGCCCGCAGCCCGGCGCCCAGCUCCUCCCCGAGCCCCGUGCCCAGCCCCGCCUCCAGCGCCGUGCCCAGCCCCAGCCCCAGUCCCCAGCGGCGAGGCGGGGAGGCGUCCGGCCACGGCCGGCGGGGCGGCCGGGGUGGGCGGGGUGGGGGCCGAGGCCGCAUCCCCCUGCUGCUCAAGUUUGUCUCUAAGGCCAAGAAGGGGAAGAGGAGCACGGCCCCCGAGCGCGGGCGUGGGCGCGGGCGAGGGCGCGGCGGCCGGCGUGGGCGGGGCGGGCGCGGGGCCGCCUCCCCCGGGAGGGGCCCGGCCGGACGCUGGGAGCGCUGGGGGCGGCCUCGGCGGGGGCAGCCGCAGCCGGGAAGGCCCCGGGGGCCGGCGGAGAAAGAGGAGCGGGCCCCGCCCGAGGCCCAGGACUCCGCCGACCCUGCGGCCCAAGGCCCGGCGACGCCUCCGCCGGCCGGCAGCCCCGCCCCAUCCUGCCGCAAGAGGGGACGCCCCCCCCUGACCCCUAGCCAGCGCGCCGAGCGAGAGGCGGCCCGGGCCGGGCCCGACGGCGUCUCCCCUCCCCGGCCCCCGCCACCGGGCCCCCCCGCUGUGGGACCCUCCGAGGAGAGCCCAGCCCCCUCCCCAAAGUCGGGCACAUUCCUGAAAAACAUUCGCCAGUUCAUCAUGCCUGUGGUCAGCGCCCGCUCCUCCCGCCUCAUCAAGACCCCCCGCCGCUUCAUGGACGAGGAGCCGGCCCGGCCCUCCCGGACCGAGGCUCCCGGGUCGCCUCCUCCCCCUCCCACAGCCGCAUCCCCACCGCCGAUGCCCCUCUCCCCGCCGGCCCUCCUCCCGCCGCCUCCACCGGCCCCACUCCCCGAGAAGAGACGCUCGAUCCUCCGGGAGCCCACCUUCCGCUGGACCUCGCCCAGCCCCGACCCGACGCCCGCCCCAGCCCCCGGCCCCCCGGCCCGGAGACCCCCGCUCCUGCGGGCGCCACAGUUCACCCCCAGCGAGGCCCACCUGAAGAUCUACGAGUCGCUGGCUGUGGCCCCCGAGGGGCCGGAGCCGGAGCCCCAGCCACCCCCACCCCCACAGCCACCCCCGCCCCCACCCGCCGAGGUCCCGCCCCCCGCGGAACCCGAGACCCCGGCCCGCCCCGGCGGCCGCACCAAUCACCUGAGCCUGCCACGCUUUGCCUCCGCCAAGGCCGAAGCCUCCGCCCCGCCGGGCUCCCCGGGCCCGGGCCCCCCCUCAGACCUGGGGCCCAGAGAAGGGGAGGGGGCCGCCGGCCCACCAGCGCUUUCUGGGGUCGAGGAGAAGAUGUUCAGUCUCCUCAAGAAGGCUAAGGUGCAGUUGUUUAAGAUUGACCAACAGCAGCAACAACAGCAGCAGCACCACAACAAGGCCACACCUCUGCCGCCGAGUCCAGGCGUGAAGCCAGAGGAGGCCGAGGGGUCUCCGGGCCAGAGCCCUGUGAAGCUGGAGGAGGAGCCGACGGACACCAAGAAGGAGAGAAGCGCGGGCCCCGAGUCCCCUGUGCAGGGUCCCCGAAUCAAGCACGUGUGUCGGCACGCGGCGGUGGCUCUGGGCCAGGCGCGGGCCAUGGUGCCGGAGGAUGUCCCGCGGCUCAGCGCCUUGCCCCUGCGGGAGCGGCACGACCUGGCCGCUGCAGAGGAUACCUCCUCGGCCUCAGAGACAGAGCGAUCGGCGAUGCGUCAGCAGCGGCUGAAGGCGGAGCCCGCGGGUUGCGGCACAGCCCCCGGGGGGGUAGGGGCCCUGGCCACUGCCCCCUGCCGCUCCCUGAGCUCCCACGGGGGCAAGAAGAUGCGCAUGGCACGGUGUGGGCGCUGCAAGGGCUGCCUGCGACUGCAGGACUGCGGGGCCUGCGCCAACUGCCUGGACAAGCCUAAGUUUGGGGGUCCCAACACCAAGAAGCAGUGCUGCGUGUACCGGAAGUGCGAUAAGAUUGAGGCCAGGAAGAUGGAGCGGCUGGCGAAGAAAGGCCGCACCUUGGUGAAACCGCUGCUGCCCUGGGACUCGGAUGAAUCUCCAGAGACGUCCCCAGGGCCCCCUGCCCUGCGGCGGAGCAGCGGGGGCCGGGACGAGGCUACGGCCGCCCUCCACACCGGCCCCGAGGACCACGACCCCCUACUGCUACAGCGCAAGUCUGCCCGGCGCUGUGUCAAGCAGCGGCCGUCGUACGACAUCUUCGAGGACUCUGAGGAUUCAGAGUCAGAGGCUCCGCCGGCCCCUCCCCGCCGCCGAGCCGCCCGGGAAUUGGAGAUGGCCCUGCCAGAGCCCGCGGAGGAGCCCAGCCGCCCCCGGAAGGUCACGCUGCAGCCUGUGGUGCAGCUCAAGGCUCGGCGGCGUUCCGAGAAGGAUGCUGCAGCUGCUGGCCCAUUUCCCUCCUUCCCCAACGGCUGGGCAGGGAAGCAGAAGUCACCAGACGGCGUUCACCGCGUACGGGUUGAUUUCAAGGAGGACUGUGACCUGGAGAACGUGUGGCUGAUGGGUGGAUUGAGCGUGCUCACCUCUGUGCCCGGUGGCCCCCCCCUCGUCUGCCUGCUCUGCGCCAGCAAAGGACUGCACGAGUUGGUGUUCUGUCAGGUGUGCUGUGACCCGUUCCAUCCGUUCUGCCUGGAGGAGGGGGAGCGGCCGGCGCCCCAGCACCACGACGCCUGGUGCUGUCGACGCUGCAAGUUCUGCCACGUCUGCGGGCGCAAGGGUCGCAGCACCAAGCACCUCCUGGAGUGUGAGCGCUGUCGCCACGCCUACCACCCUGCCUGUCUGGGGCCCAGCUACCCAACGCGGGCUGCCCGCCGACGGCAACACUGGAUCUGCUCAGCCUGCGUGCGCUGCAAGAGCUGUGGGGCGGCCCCUGGGCGCAACUGGGACAGCGAGUGGCAGGGAGACCUGAGCCUGUGUCCUACCUGCACGCAGCUCUUCGAGAAAGGGAACUUCUGCCCGAUCUGCACACGCUGCUAUGAGGACAGUGACUAUGACAGCAAGAUGAUGCAAUGUGCCCAGUGUGACCAUUGGGUGCAUGCCAAGUGCGAGGGGCUCUCAGACGAGGGCUACGAGAUCCUUUCGGGGCUGCCGGACUCGGUGCUGUACACCUGCGGUCCCUGCACGGGGACCGUGCCCCCCCGGUGGCGGGAGGCGCUGGAUGGGGCCCUGCGGGGGGGUCUGCGCCAGGUGCUGCAGGGGCUGCUGGGAGCCAAGUUGGCCGGCCCUCUCCUUCAGUGCUCCCAGUGCGGAGCAGCCGGCUCCCAGCAGCCUGCGCAUCGGCGGCCAUGUGACCUGCGGGCGGUCAGCCAGCUGUUCGAGGACGGUCACUACAGCUCCGUGCACAGCUUCACCGAGGACGUGGUGGGCAUCCUGCUGCGCCAUAUAGAGGAGGGGGAUGCGACCGAGCGCCGGGCGGGGAGCCAGGCCAAGGGGCUGCUCAUCAAGCUCCUGGAGUCGGCGUUCUGCUGGUUUGACGGCCACGACCCCAAGUACUGGAGACGUAACAGCACUCUGCCCAACGGGGUCCUCCCCAAUGCCGUGCUGCCCCCGUCCACCGAUCACAUCUACGCCCAGUGGAGACAGCAGGAGCCGGAAACCCCCGAGUCCGGGCAGCCCCCUGGGGGCAUCCCUGUGCCAGCCCUGCCAUCCAAAGAGACCGCUCCCCACCUCGAGGACCCCCGGCAGUGCGCACUCUGUCUAAAGCAGGGUGACGCUGACUCCAAGGAGGCCGGGCGGCUGCUGUACAUCGGCCAGAACGAGUGGACCCACGUCAAUUGCGCCAUCUGGUCGGCCGAGGUGUUUGAGGAGAACGACGGCUCGCUCAAAAACGUGCACGCUGCCGUGGCCCGCGGCCGCCAGAUGCGCUGCGAGCUGUGUCUGCGGCCCGGGGCCACCGUGGGCUGCUGCCUCUCGUCCUGCCUCAGCAACUUCCACUUCAUGUGCGCCCGCGCCAGCUGCUGCGUCUUCCAGGACGACAAGAAGGUCUUCUGCCAGAAACAUACCGAGCUACUGGACGGCAAGGAGAUCGUAACUCCUGACGGGUUUGACGUCCUGCGCCGGGUCUACGUGGACUUUGAGGGGAUCAGCUUUAAACGCAAGUUCCUGACGGGGCUGGAGCCCGACGUCAUCAACAUCCUCAUCGGCUCCAUCCGCAUCGACUCCCUGGGCACGCUGUCCGACCUCUCCGACUGCGAAGGACGCCUCUUCCCUGUCGGAUACCAGUGUUCCCGCCUGUACUGGAGCACGGUGGACGCCCGGCGUCGCUGCUGGUAUCGCUGUCGCGUCCUCGAGUACCGGCCCCGGGGGCCGCGGGAUGAAACUGACCACCUAGGGGUGGCCGAGGAUAACCGGACCAUCGCCCACGGGCCCCCGCUCCCUGCUGGGCCGCUGAGGCUGGACUCACCCCCGCAGUCAGAGCCCGCCAACCCCCCGGCCUCCGAGCGCCACUCACCGGCCCAGAACCCGGGCCCCCUGCCGCCCCCGGGCCCAGCCGGCGUCCCCCCUCCAGCCCGGCCGGUGUCCGGUGCCCGCAUCAAAGUGCCCAACUUCUCGCCCUCACGCCGGCCGCCGGCGGGGGCCUCCUCGCGGCCUCUCCCCUCGCCUGGGAGCCCCUCAUCGCUGACCCACCACAUCCCCACCGUGGGGGACCCCGACUUCCCGGCCCCCUCCCGCCGCUCCCGCCGCCCCAGCCCCCUGGCCCCGCGGCCAUCACGGCGGGCCCCCUCCCCGCCCCCCAACUCCCGACCUCCCCCUCUCCAGCUCAGGGCGCACCCCCCUCUCCCGCCCUCCCCCCUCUCACCCCCACCCGCUCCUACCUCGGCCGCCGUGGCCCUGACGCCUACCUCAGCGGGGCCGUCCCCGUCCCCCCCUGCCCCGUCCCCGUCGCCGCCACCUGAGGACCUGGGUCCCGACCUGGAGGACAUGGACGUGGUGCCUGGCCUCAGCGCGGCCGACCUGGACUUUGCCGCCAGCCUGCUGGGCUCCGAGCCUUUCCAGGAGGAGGAGAUCGAGGCGGAGGGGGCGGGGGGCGUCCGGGGGGCCGCCCCGGGAGAUAGCUCGGAGGAGGAGGAGCCGGCCGCCUCGCCGCCGCGCUACGUCCACUUCCCCCCGACCGUGGUGCCCGGCAUAGCCGGCCCGAUCCCGUCCCCCGGCCCACCCCGCAUCGAGCAGCUGGACGGGGUGGACGAUGGCACGGACAGCGAGGCCGAAGCCGCCCGGCAGCCCCGGGACCAGGGUCGUGCCCCCACGGGGCCGGGGGGCAGCGGAGGCGAGGAGGCCCGUCCCCCCGAGGACCUGCCCUCCGACAUCGUCGACUUUGUGCUCAAGAACCUGGGGGCUGGGGAGGGGGCGGGCCCGACCAGACCCCGCCCCGCCGGCCCCCCGCGCCCCGCCCUGCUGGCCAACGGCGACCAGCCCGGCCCGCCAGCCCCCGCCGAGCCCCCGCGGACGUUCGCCUGGCUGCGCACCCCCGGCGUGCGGGUGCUGAGCCUGGGCCCUGGCCCGAGCCGCCCCAGGCCCGCCGCCUCCAAGGUCAUCCUCGUCAACAAGCUGGGCCAGGUGUUCGUCAAGGUGCCGUGGAGGGGCGGAGCCCCCGGCGCCGCAGGGCGGAGGCCGCCCGCGCUCCCGCGGCCGCUGCGUGCCCCCCGCCGCCUCCCUGCCCGCGCCCCUCACGUUCCUGCUGAGCGACGCCUCCAGCCCCCGCGCCCAGCCACCCGCACCAAGAGGGUGUCGACCUUCGCUGGCCACUCGCCCCGACCUACAACCCCACCCCCUGCCAAGGCCCCGCGUCUGGACGGCGACCCGGAACCCACGGACGACGACGGCGCCGGGCCAGGCCACGUGCGGAUGAAGACCCCCACCGUGCGGGCCGUCCUGGACCUCGAUAUCCCGGCCGGGGAGUCGGAGGGGCUCGCUGGGGGUGAGGGCCCGAGUCCCAGGUCAUCCCCUCCGCUGCUGCCCCUGCCGGACUCCAGCCCCCAACCGUCCCCACCACCACCACCACUGGCGGCAGACAUCUCCCUGGAUGCCCUGCUGGAGCCCCAGUGGCCUCGUUUCUCAGGAGAGGUUUCCAGCUCUGAGGAGGAGCCCCUGUCCCCCGAGGACAAGGAGAACGUGGGGCCGCGGAGGCCCGGCCCCCACCUGCGCUUUGAGAUCAGCAGCGACGAUGGCUUCAGCAUCACCGCUGAGAGCCUGGAAGGUGCCUGGCGCACGCUGAUCGACAAAGUGCAGGAGGCACGGGGCCACGCCCGGCUCAGACACCUCAGUUUCAGCGGCAUGAGCGGGGCCCGCCUGCUGGGGAUCCACCACGACGCAGUCGUCUUCCUGGCAGAGCAGCUGCCCGGCGCCCAGCGCUGCCCCCGCUACAAGUUCCGCUACCACCAGCGCGGGGAGGACCAGGAGGAGCUGCCCCUCAACCCCCGGGGCGCGGCGCGGGCCGAGGUCUACCUACGGAAAUGCACCUUCGACAUGUUCAACUUCCUGGCGUCUCAGCACCGCGUGCUGCCAGAGGGGGUGGCCUGCGAUGAGGAGGAGGAUGAGGUGCAGCUGAAAUCCACCAGACGCGCCACCAGCCUGGAGCUGCCCAUGGCCAUGCGCUUCCGUCACUUGAAGAAGACGUCCAAGGAGGCCGUGGGGGUCUACAGGUCGGCCAUCCACGGGCGCGGACUUUUCUGCAAGCGCAACAUCGACGCAGGCGAGAUGGUCAUCGAGUACUCGGGCAUCGUCAUCCGCUCCGUGCUCACCGACAAGCGCGAGAAGUUCUAUGAUGGCAAGGGCAUCGGCUGCUACAUGUUCCGCAUGGACGACUUCGACGUGGUGGGCACCAUGCACGGCAACGCGGCCCGCUUCAUCAACCACUCGUGCGAGCCCAACUGCUACUCCCGCGUGAUCCACGUGGAGGGCCAGAAGCACAUCGUCAUCUUCGCGCUGCGCCGCAUCCUGCGCGGGGAGGAGCUCACCUACGACUACAAGUUCCCCAUCGAGGACGCCAGCAACAAGCUGCCCUGCAACUGUGGCACCAAGCGCUGCCGACGCUUUCUCAACUGAGCCUGCUCCACCCCGGACCCCGACCCGGCGACCCUUACACACACGCACGCACACACACACACACACAUGCCAGGUCAACCCCCGGAAACCCCCCCAGGUGCAGGGGCUCCCGCCUCCCCCCUCCCUGGCCCCCACCUGUAGAUAUCUGUACAAAGGUUUCUAAGCCUGUUCUUUUCUAUGCACUUUUUUAUUUAAGGGGCCCCGUGGCCGAAAAUAAAGCCCCCAUAUUUGGA